AUGAGGUGGCUGCCGGUGGUGCUGGCGUGGCUGCAGCUGGCCGAGGGCGCGGUCAGGAUCAGCCUAAAGAAAGGCCUCUCCAUCCGGGACCAGAUGAGGGCAGCUGGGGUGCUGGAUGAUUUCCUGAAGCACAUCAAAUACGACCCAGUGAAGAAAUACCAGCCCAGCCAGGGCUCGGUGGUGAGGGAGCCCAUAGCCAACCACCUGGAUUCCUCCUACUUUGGGGAGAUCAGCAUCGGGGAGCCCCCCCAGAAGUUCCUGGUGCUCUUUGACACCGGCUCCUCCAACCUGUGGGUGCCCUCCACGGACUGCAAGAGCCCUGCUUGCUUCAACCACGCCAAGUUCCAGCCCAGUGCCUCGGCCACCUUCAGCCCCAGGGGCCAGUCCUACAACGUGUCCUACGGCAGCGGCUCCGUCGCCAUCGUGCUGGGCUCCGACACGCUCAGGAUCCAGAGCAUCACGGUGCGGGAGCAGGAGCUGGGGCUGAGCCAGGAGGAGCCCACGCAGCCGUUCUACUUUGCAGCCUUCGACGGCAUCCUGGGCAUGGCCUUCCCCUCGCUGGCUGUGGGGGGCACGGCCACGGCCCUGGGGGGGAUGCUGGAGCAGAACCAGCUCGCUGAGCCCGUCUUCAGCUUCUACUUCUCACGCCAGCCCACCUACGACUACGGGGGCGAGCUCAUCCUGGGGGGCACGGACUCUCAGCUCUUCCAGGGGGACAUCACCUGGGCCCCGGUGACACAGAGGCUCUACUGGCAGGUGGCACUUGAGGAGGUUGCCAUCGGGCAGUCAGUGACCGGCUGGUGCAGCCAGGGCUGCCAGGCCAUCGUGGACACGGGGACAUUCCUGCUGACCGUGCCCCAGGAGGACAUAGAGAGCAUCCUGGAGGCCCUGGGGGCCCAGGAGACCAGCUAUGGGUACGCUGUGGACUGCAGUGACACCCAGAGCAUGCCCCAGCUCACCUUCGGCAUCGGCGGCGCUCGGCUCGCGCUCCCCCCGGCCGCCUACGUCCUCAACAGCAAUGGCUACUGCACCCUGGCCAUCGAGGCCACCUACCUGCCCUCCCAGGACGGGCAGCCCCUCUGGAUCCUGGGAAACGUUUUCCUGAAGGAAUAUUACACCAUCUUUGACAUGGCCAACAACCGCGUGGGCUUCGCCCUCUCAGCCUAG